AUGACGACAGCAGUGUCCGGUUGUAAAUUCUGCGACAUAGCCAACUACAAACGAGAUCUACAUCUUAGGGAAUCAGAUAAGUGUGUGAUUAUUCGCGAUAUAAAGCCGAAAACUCCUCAUCACUUUCUUGCCGUGAGCAAAGCACAUAUCAACAAGCCGACUGAUCUCACCGCCGCCGACAUACCCCUACUGAUGGAUAUGGAAAAAACCGGUCGAGAGUUUCUUCGUGCUGAACUAAAAGCAAAAGGAGAGGCGGAUACCGUGGAAGACAUGCUUCGAGUAGGAUUCCAUUGGCCACCGCUAAUCACCGUUAAUCAUUUGCAUAUGCACAUUUUAUAUCCUAUUAGAGAGCUUGGCUUUUUCUCUCGAGUUCUCACUUUCCGCCCUGGAAAAAUCUUUCGAACAACAAGUGAGGUGAUUGAGGAGCUAAGAAAGAGCGCCAAUAUACCGGAUCCUCUUCACGGUAAUCCUGCAAAGGAUGAUGAACCUGAAGCUCUGCCAGCUCAUGCUGUAGCAAACUAG